AUGGAGACAGGUAAGAUGUUGCACUUCAUUCUUCUCAUUGGGCCGUGGUGGAUCAGUGAUCAGAUGGCCCAGGCCAGUCCAGUCCACCACCUCUGCAAAUGGAACCUUCUGGAGAACCCAAUUGAGUCUGGUGAGGAGGAACCUGCUGCAAAUCACGGCUAUCGAGUGAACUGCUCAGGACUGGCUCUCAGGUCCGUGCCUUCUUCAAGCCUCCACUCACUCGUUAAAAUCCUGGAUCUGAGUUACAACCUUAUCACUGUGAUCGAGAGGGCAGACUUCUGUUGUCAUCACACCCAGCUCAUCCUCAGCCACAACUCCAUUGAGAAGAUUGAUAACGGGGCUUUCUCCCGUCUACACCAGCUGCUGGGGCUGAACCUCAGCAGCAACGCUCUUCGGGGUGUGACGGAGCGGAUGUUUCAGGGACUCAGGAAGCUCAGCGUGCUUGACCUGCGACACAACCAGCUGCAGUGGAUCCAUAAAACAGCCUUUGCCGACCUGCCACAGUUGGAGGCCUUGUGGCUUCAGGGGAAUAACAUUCGAACUGUCCCAGGCGGUGAGAGUUACAUGUCUACGAUGGUUGAUUUAAGAUCAAAUCAUCUGAGGGGGCUUGAUGACAUCACCGUGAGGCAGCUGUGGGAGCGGGGAGUCGACCUGCGUUUCCAUGGCAACCUCUUCAGGUGUGACUGUGGAUCUGAGCAGACGAGAAAGGGUUCAGUGUGGCUGACCGACGCAGUACUGUGCCGGGAGAAAUGGACUCGUUACUUCGUGGAGAGGGAGGAUGAGUCUCAGCGUGGAGAGGCAGCAAAUCUGAGGGUCCACACCACAGUCACUCUCAAUGGCGUUCUGGGGACGUCUCUGACCAUACCUUGUGGGGACAACUACAAUGGGGUGCUGAUGUACUGGAAGACACCUGACAAGUGGUUGAAAAGCCGAAUUUCCUGUGAAAGCCACAGUGACUUAAGGUGCUCCUGCGAUGGCAGUGUGACAAUACUGAACGUCACUUGCGACAACACGGGGCUUUAUUACUGCUUCCUGGAGGAAAAUCAUCAAAGGGUCAUCAUUCCAUACAGAGUGUCCACGCCGAGCAACUGUCACUCCUCUCUACCUAGUAAGCCAAGGCUGACCAGAGACGUAAGAGUUCAGCCACGAGAAGAGACAGUUACCGAGGGUCACUUCACAGCUGUAGUGGCAUCAUCAGUGGUACUGACCUUUGUUGUGGGGUUGGCACUGGGAGCGUUGAGCAGCCCCUGUCUAAGCAGCUGCCUGCAGAAAGCCAAGGCACGCUUCAGACGUCCAGGCCGCAACCGCAGCCCGACAACCCCCGAGGAGGAGGAGGAGGACAACAAUCAGAUCUCCAUGGAGGCGAGCUCAGCUGGGUUCACCAGCUUUGUGACCAAUGGGAUCUCCUCCUCAGAUGCAGACGACGGUAAUGGUAGUGCAAGCGUGACUCCCUCUCCUCCAGUCAAAGCUCCCAGGAGCUUCCGCUCAAAGGUGAGGCAGGAGGAGAGUAAGCCCAUUCCUGAGGGAGGGGAUGUUGGUACCCAAGACGGUUCCACGGAUACGCCUCCAGCUGAUGACGGGGACCAGCAAGCGGAACCAUCUCCAGCUGAUAGACUUCAGGCCGGAGAAGCAGAACAGCCAGGAGAGAGUCGUCCACCUCCAGCUGAUGCUGAUGGAUCCCAGAAUGGAUCCUCAGAUACAUCACACGCUGAUGGAGAUUCGGAAACAGAGACAAUCACGACAGGAGAUAAUCUUCCACAAUCAGCUGACGAUCAGACAGGAGAAGAAGCACAAGAAAAAACCUCACCUUCAUCUGAUAGUGAUGGAACCCAGGACACAACCUCAGAUACGUCACAAGCGGAUGGUGACCGCACCCAGGACGCAUCCUCAGAAAUAACACAAGGUGAUGAUGAUCAAACACCGGCAGCUAACCCACCAGGAGAAGAUGAUGCGCCUAAACCGCAGGACCAGGUAGCACCUAGGCCAGCGAGGCGAGGCCGGGUGAUCAGGCUCUACAACUACGACGAAGAGGGUCAACCUUACGGCCACAUCAAGGAACCAGAGGGGGCCAACACAGGUGCACCGAGGCCGAAGCAGAGGACGCGGUCUCUGAACCGCCUGAGUGCCAUCAUGAGCUCUGUGGAGGCCCUGGAUGUCAGCACCAGCCCACGUCAGCAGCCCACAGAGGAGGAGGCAGAACUAGGCCAGACAAGUGACGCAGAGGAGGAUUCGGUUGGUGGAAGGCUGCAUGUAGAUUUAGAGGUGCAGAAUGUAGAUUUAGAGGUCUAAGAGACUAUGAGUUGCACUAAUGGUAAUUAGUGGCAGCUAUGGCCUAUUGUUUAGGAUGGUUGAAGGUUUGAAUUGCAUAUGAGCGAACCAUGAGUAAGAGGAAUUUGGGUGGGAGAGUAUCAACUAAAGCCACACCGCAUAAGGGCCGAGCAGUGUUGCCAGAUGGAAAAUGCUGAAUUAUCGUACAAAAUCCUCAAAAUUAUAAUUUUUGGGAGGAAAUUAUCGUACAAGAGCCAAAUUGUUGUUUCAAGGCAUCUAAGUGAACUGA